AGUCACAGUGGUUUAUGUGCAAGGUGACAGGUGCAUUUUCGCGGUACUGCUCGCGGUACUGUCUCGUCGUUGACAAUCGGAUGAGUGAUAAACUAAAUGACCAGAUGAAGUGCGACCGUUCUUAAGUGCAGUGACGAUAAAAUUAGUUUUUUCUUGUCGACUAAGUAUGGACUGACUGUCGGAUUGCCAAAUGUCGGGACUUAUAUCUCCCUAUAAGGGGCUUUAUCGCCGUGAAUGGUUUUUAGUGUCGCUGAUUUUAUUGAAUGCUGCUGGUGUGUGGUCUAGACUAUAUAAAGGUCUCUACACAGAUGCCCUUGAGGAAGCAAACGAAAUCGUGCCUAAAAGAGUGUCCCACAAGGGGGAACACCUUUCUAACGAUCUCACCCUCUUUCAUGAUGAGGUCACAAAAAAAAUUCACUUCAACGUGUCGGUUGGAAAUGAAGAACACCUAAUCGUUCUUCAGCCAUCGACCAAUUUCUUUAUACCUACUCUACAAAUUGAAAGAAGAAGGAGAAGGGAAUAUAUGAGAGUGGAGCCCAAAUUUGAAUCGAAGAAUUGUCACUUCCAAGGUGUUAUCGAUGGACAGAAAGAUUCCAGGGUUGCCAUAUCAGCAUGCAAUGGUUUGACCGGAGUAAUCAUUUCCAAAGAUGGCAAAUACUAUAUUGAACCAGCACAUCAUGAAAUCAAGAAAGUAGCACCUGGUCAUAAACAUUUGGUCUACAAGAGAUCAGCAGUAGUGACGAGCUACCCUAAAAGAAAGAGAAGGAAGAAAAGGAAGAAACCUACAAACUGUGGGACUAGGGUUCCGAAGAAAUGGACCUUACUAGAGUGGCAAAAUUCACAAGGUAAAGUAAAAGUCCAGAAGAAGAAAUCCAAACAAAAGGAUGUUGUCGAGAUACCGAACAUACAUAAAGGAAACAUGAAGAAACUCAAGUACAGGAGACAGCAAAGUAGAGCUCAGAGAUCCAUAAGCAGGGAUCAUUAUGUUGAGACUCUGGUGGUAGCCGAUGCAAGUAUGGUAGAGUUUCAUCAAGAUGGAGAAAUUGAAACCUACAUUCUGACCCUCAUGAAUAUGGUCUCCAUGCUCUACCAAGAUCCCAGCCUGGGCAACAGCGUCCACGUGGUGGUAGUAAAGAUCAUUCUCAUAGAAGACCCCCUAUCCGAGCCCCUACUGAAUGUCACCACCAACGCCGAUCUGACUUUGAAGACGUUCUGCAAGUGGCAGCUGCCGAAUCACAACUCCAAAGGUCAUGACGCCGCCAUCUUGAUUACUCGCAAGGACAUUUGUGCGCGCCAGGAUGAACCCUGUGGCACCCUCGGAGUGGCACAUAUCGGCGGCAUGUGUAAAGCUAGCAGGAGCUGCAGCGUUAACGAAGACAAUGGCAUCACUUCAGCGCAUACCAUUGCGCAUGAGCUGGGCCACAACUUUGGUAUGAUACACGAUACAGAAAAAAUAGGAUGCAGGAAAAAAGAUGGAAAUACCGUUCACAUAAUGACUCCCAACUUUGAAGCUGACAGCGUUAAUGUGGAUUGGUCCAAUUGUAGCCGCAGAGAAAUAACUAGGUUCCUGGACAAGGGUUUGGGAAAAUGCUUGCAGAACCAUCCUCAAGACCUGGACGUCUACAAGUACCCGGACUUGCCACCAGGAGUCAUGUACGACGCUAACUAUCAGUGCCGGCUUCAAUUCGGGGCGAACGCCACGUUAUGUUCACCCCCUGAGGAAAUUUGUCUCCAUCUUUGGUGUACGGUCAACAACAGCUGUACGACCCUAUUGAGGCCUUCUGCUCAUGGCACAUACUGUGGAAAACAUAUGUGGUGCCAAAAACGCAGAUGCGUCCCGAUGCUAGAACCCCCCCUCCCGACGGACGGUGGGUGGGGGGAGUGGGGCCCGUGGAGCGCAUGCUCGCGCUCCUGCGGCUCGGGUGUCUCCGCGCAGACUCGGCGGUGCGACCAUCCGACGCCGACCGCGGGCGGACGGUUCUGCGUGGGCGAGAGGGAGCGGUACCGCAUCUGCAACGCGCAGGCGUGCCCGGCCGGUCGGCCGACGUUCAGGGCGACGCAGUGCUCUGCGCAUGACGGCGAGGUGUACGAGGGGAGAAGGUACAAGUGGCAACCCUAUUUUGAUCAAGGUGAUCCCUGCCAGUUGUACUGCAGUGAUGCCAACGAGACAGUGAUUGUACCAUGGGGAGACUAUGCGAAAGAUGGUACUCCAUGCAGCGUCGUAUCCAGAGAUGUAUGCAUAUCAGGUAUAUGCAAGAAAGUCGGGUGCGAUAUGGUAGUGGACUCCACCACGGAGGAGGACGACUGCGGCAUCUGCCAAGGGGACGGCAGCAAGUGCGAGACGAGGGAGGGCACUUACGAGAAGCAGAACUGGGAGCCGGGCUACAGGGAGAUAGCGGUGAUGCCACGCGGCGCUCGCAAUAUCCGCAUCGACGAGAACGACUAUUCGCAGAAUUACAUCAGCAUUGGGAGCGCGCUGGCCAGGAAGUUCUAUCUGAACGGUGAUAGACAUAUCUCCCUUCCAGGAGAGUACACAGUUGCUGGGACUCAAGCUCUAUAUGGAAGGGACAAUCAUUUGGAGAAAAUCCGAAUCCCAGGUCCAAUAUUAGAACCCAUUGUGGUAUACAUUUACUACAGAGGGAAAACCUUCAACCCCGGCGUGCACUACAGAUACUCCAUCUGGAAGCAGCAGAAGACCAAGCAGGUCAAAUACACCUGGCACCUGUCCGAGUGGUCCCAGUGUUCGGCCACCUGUGGAGGUGGCGUUCAAAGUAGAGGUCCGUUGUGCAGGGAGUCCACCAUGGACGCCUCCGACGCCGAGAUGGAGCGUCCGACGAGCGUCGACGACUACUUCUGCGAGCCGGCAGAUAAGCCCGAGCGUGAGAUGCGCGCCUGCAACGACGACGUGUGCCCCUACAAGUGGUGGGUCGGACCGUGGCAGGCCUGUUCCGGCACCUGCGCGAUCAAGGGAAAAUCAGUUUUUAGACGUCGGAGCGUGGUUUGCGUUGACGGCCAGGAGAUGGCGCUACAAGACAACUUUUGCGAUAAAAAGGCCAAGCCAUUGGAAUACGAACCAUGCACGUUUGUGCCAAUAUGUGAAGAUGAUUAAUCAAUGAUUAAAGAUCUUUAUUGUUUUUU